GAGGGGACGGCUGGCAAUCGAAUAAAAAGGGGGAGGAGGUACGAUUUCGCGCGUUCGCCGCGAUUCUGAAUUAUUUCCGACGAGUUGAGCGGUGUAAUAUCGGUGCCGCCGGUCGAAUAAUCGAGUCGGGCGAAAGGUGAACGCUGUCCGCGACGAGCCGACGAUGUCCGUGAUGGGUAAGCCGGUGCUUUACUCCUACUGGCGGAGUUCCUGCUCCUGGAGGGUAAGAAUCGCGUUGAACCUAAAAGAGAUACCAUACGAUAUAAAGCCCGUUAGUUUGGUGAAGAGCGGUGGAGAACAACAUUCCAAUGAAUUCCGUGAGAUUAAUCCAAUGGAGCAAGUUCCUGCGCUCCAUAUCGACAAUCAUACUCUGAUAGAGUCUUUGAAUAUUCUACAAUAUUUGGAGGAGACUAGGCCGAAUCGUCCAUUGAUGCCGGCGGAUCCUGUUAAAAGGGCUCGAGUGAGAGAGAUUUGCGAGGUAAUUGCCAGCGGUAUACAACCGUUGCAAAAUCUUGUUGUUUUAAUUUACGUUGGGGAGGAACGUAAGAAGGAGUGGGCGCAGCAUUGGAUCACUAGAGGAUUUACAGCCGUGGAGAAGUUAUUAUCGUCGAGCGCGGGCAAAUAUUGUGUCGGUGACGAGAUUACAUUAGCGGACUGUUGCCUGGUGCCACAGAUAUUCAACGCGCGAAGAUUUCACGUUGAUCUGAGACCCUUCCCUACGAUUCUGAGGGUGGACCGUCAUUUGGAACAUCAUCCGGCCUUCACUGCGGCUCACCCCAACAAUCAGCCCGACUGUCCGCCCGAGGCGACCAAGUAGCAAGCGAGGCAGACCACCCUCUUCCUCUUCUAAUCUUUUAGGAGAGUGAAAAGAGGUGGUCUGGUAUCAUGUGGUUUCAUAUUGAUAAAAGGUGAACAAGUUUUGUUAUAUUUCUUACAUAUUUCUUUAAGUUAAAUAACAUAGUUAUCUGAUCCAACAUGAAAAUUAAUUAAAUGUAUCUUGUAAUUAUUCGAAAAAAUCCACUUGUUGGAAUAAUAUACUAGAAAUUAACUUACAUAUAUAUAUAUAUUUGUACACUAUGAAGUGAUAAGUUGCGUUAUUUAACAGAUAUUGUUUUUUAUUUUACAGAUUUAUGUGUGUACUUGAAAAUUAUAAGACUAAUACAUUUUCACCUUUUAUCGUUAAUGAACUGCGUAUUAGCAUUGGAAAUGGCUAGCGGUGUCACAAAAGCGAAUAUAUCGGGAAUAAGAGGUUUUGAUUUGUGAACAUCUUGUUAUAAUGCAAUGCCGCUUGUUUUAAAGCAAAGAUACGCCAUUUCUAUACUCGUGUAAGAGCAAAGGGAAAGGUAUAUUGGCCUAUUUUUUUAUUUUUUUGUUACGUUUUCUACGAUUUUACACAAUCGAAAUUUAUCUUCACGCGGUAUUUUUACACGAUAUUUUAUAAAGAUAUAUCGACCUAUUCUGAAUAGGUUCUGUUGAAAUCAAAAGUUUAAUUUUUAUAUACGUAUUAUAAUUUUUUAUUUUAUAUUUGCUUAUAGUAUGUAUAAAGCAUAAAGAGGAAAAAAGAUGUCGCUAUUAAAUUCUAGUGAAUACCCCGAAAUCUUCGCUGGUAUAUAGGAUAGUGACUCGUAUUUAUGUGAUACGAAGUACACGCAGACAAAUUCAAAACGUGAAGCGAUUAAAUUCGAAGGGGAACGUGUAAUAAGGGAAUGCGCUCUGCUCAAUAUCUCCCAGAAUACCAACCAAAAGUACAAAUCGCAUAUUUUCUUUGAUAUCCCAAUUUUUAGAGAAUAUUACAUUUGUUCGUUUUUUUACGCUUACAUUUAUUAUUUAGAAUUAUAUUUUUACAGUGAGGUACUCGAUAACUUGAACAUUUGAUCGACACUUGUGCUUUUUUAUAUUUUAAACUAACUUGUACAAUGGCGUGAUAAGAUGGAUAUUUUAACUCUUUGUGGUCAAUUUUUUUCUGCAGAUUAGUGAGGGUAAAAUAUUUUGUCCUCAAUUUUAUUUAAUCGGCGGAUCUAACUUAAUUUAAGAACUGUCAUGGAGAUAUCAAAGAUAUUUACUAAUUGUAAUUGCGUACAGUUUCAAAUGCUUGAAGAAUUAUUUGGGUGGUUGUAUAUGAAGCCGUCCGUUGGCGAUAGAUGGUUUUAGAUUUUUUCUUCGAAUUGAAAGCUGGCAAUACACACGAUGACAGGUCUAUAGAGUCACGACGACACGCCAUAAGUGACAUUUGUGCGACGCGUUAACAUCAUCUAUUUUGAUUAUGUUUACAAUGGCAAGUUUUGUUUCAAAUAGGUCACAUUUGCGGGAAGUUAUGCUCCAUUAUUUCCUGGCACUGUCUUUUCUUUCGCUAAAAAAUGGGCGGUUUCAUAUGCAACCAUCUAAUACGACUACCGAAAUGCAUUAAAUCACAUCUAAUUUGAUACAGGACUGCAGAAGGUUAAAACAAUAAUUCUUCCAAUAUGCGAGUGCAUUUUGUGUUAAUUAUCUUUUUGAAAUUUUUUAAUUUUAUCCUACAUUCUGGUAAAGCUCACAGAAUGAAACGAGCAAACCUAUUGUAUUGUAUUUAUCCGUAUGAUGCUGUAGCAUGUUUUUUAAUAUUGCAGAAAUUAAUUUUUAGGUUCGAACGAUAUUUCUUCAGAGAUAAGCAGAUGUAUACCGAAAGAUGUAUAACAUUUUUUAAAAAGGAAAACAGAGACUUGUUGUAUAACUGUAGUUAGAUAAUCUGUGAUUUGUGUUGUGCGGAACUGAAGUUAUUUCAGUCGCUACUGCAGAGAUUAGAAUGUGCCAUUUAUAUACCGUUUUAUAGUACAAUCGCGAACGAUUUCAAACGCAAAUGAGAAACGCGUGUCCGCGCAAACAGAAUCAAAGUAUAUAUUUAUGCUCUUACGAAUAGUUUUCCAGUUCGAGCAUAAACAGAGAUACCGAUAUUUUUCACGAAUCUUUUUAUAGAAACGCUCAUUGUAAAGCCAUUGUUAUACAUAGUUCCCGUAUGUGCUUCGGAAAACUUUUAUACGCAAGCGUAUGUUCGACAGAAAUCAAGUCAUGUAGAUAUCGAACACGACUGAUCUGCAACCGGUGAUCAAGUUUCACUUGGCAUUCCUCCUUAUUGCCGCGUUAUCCCUCUCCUUGUUUUAUAAACAGCAUGUCACGAUUGCAUUUGCAUACUCGGUAUUUCCAUUUCCAUUUUCAUUUCCACCACAACGUCUCGGUGAUUUCUCGUAUAUCGCACACGUUGUGAACCUGCCUUUUCGAGACUUCGACGAGUACUUCUUCCACAUGUAGCCUCCAGCCUUCGCAAUUAUUUUUCUAUAGGAAAUAUAGUAUCGUAUAACGAAGGUGUAACAACGCUGCACUUUCUGACGGAGGAUUUAAGGAUUAAAUAUAUAAGAUCGUCGCAACUUGAAAUCAUCGUCCUACGUAUAGUGUACUCUUGGGACAGGUAAAAAUCGUGCAUUCCGUGUCUACACAUUCACACAUAGAGGUAUAUAUAUAUAUUAUAAACGACCGAGUGAUUAGAUAAUAUGUAUAUAAUCUUUGUACGAAGCAAUUUCUUUUCAUUCCCGCUCUACUCAAAUACUCGCGGUACUAACAAGAGUAUUUAUGAAAGCCGAUCAAGAUCUUCGGCAAGAGCUGCGUGUCUGUUUCGUUUUGAUAAUAGUCUAAUGUAGACUAUUGAUGCGAUUUGUAGAAAGAAAUACGAGCGAAUCAUGUCUGUCUGCGCUGACUUUGGGUGUAUUUUUAACGAGUAGAAUAUCGCAUUUCUAAAUGUGAUCUUGUGUCGUCUUCAUCCCGUACUUUGUUCGGCGUUUUUCUACCUGACUUGUGAGAAUUUGUACAAGCGACAAGUAGUCAUGUAAAAGCGGAAAGUUGAUUUUAUCGAAAACGAGCUGUGUUAUUGUAGUUAUCGGUAACUCUUAUAUGAUAUUAGGUAUCUAACACUGGAAUAUUACAGUUCCGUAAGGUAUGCUCGACAUAGUAAACGAAGAAUUAAAUUUUGCCGUCUAGUUGCAGCCCCGAGGCUUAUAUUAAUUCACCAGAAAACAGUUAUAGUUUAUUAGCCUUUUAUGGCAUAUUUUUUUAUUCGCAGCAAUUUUUACCUGCGAUUUAGAUGAGGAAACUGUGCCCGUGAUAUUUUAGUGCUAGUGGCGAAUCGUCUUGUAUUUUACAUUUUUACGCGAGAGAGAAAGUUAAUCUUUCGCUUUGGCGCUUCCUUACCCUGCGUUUUCGCUUCGUAGUUUUCUAAAAUGUAGGUCCGUAGAUGCUUCAUUUGUAUACUUCUUUCGAGUCGGAUGAUUAUUUGAUUUUUAUUCCCUAGUUAUAGAUAAGACCGUACUCGCUUCCGUUGAUUCUCCGCCACUCCGUAGAGACUCCUCGCUACGUAUAGAUCUUCCUGCCGUCUCGUUUCGGACGAGCUGGCGACGUGUCAUUAAAACGCGCGUGAUAUACACACUAUAAGUGGGGAGUAACAAAAAAUAUGAGUAAUGAACAAGAUUUGCGUGUACGCCAGUACCGAAUCCGACGAGAUAAUAACCGUACCACACAAAAUUAAGAUUUCCCGUCAGGUCCUAAAUAGAUUCUUAGACGGCGUGUGACAUUUUCGCGAGAGGACGAGCGUGAAAUCGUUUAAGUGAGAAAGGGAGAGUUGUAUAAUAUAGCGACCGAGAACACGAUCUCGUGAAAGAGUACGGAGCGCGUAAAUAUUUUGUAAGCGAGAGAGAAAACGAAAAAAAAGGGAAACGAUCGCGCUGUGUAUGUUCACGCCGCUUGUAGCAAAUAAAAGAUUCUGUGUCGAUAGUGUAUGUAUAAGUACUUGGUAGUAGAGUCGCGAACGAAAAAAAAAAGAUCAAAACAGUAAGUGCAUUCGUAAUUGUACACUUAUUACUCGAAUAAAGAGCUGCGUUUUGUCUGUA